AUGGAGAAUCAACGCCGCGAUGAGUCACCGUCCGGCUUGUCUGAUAUUGUUGAGGGCGAGGGCCUGCUAGGCACUGGCCUCACGACGCGACACAUUGAAGCCUUUGGACGAAAGGUCACCACAACGGCGGGACACUUGAUGGGACCGACUGAGCAAGGUCAUGGUAGCCACUAUCACAAUGCGAUGACCGACAUCCACCGCGAGUUGCGCCGGCCGACGGCGCAGCGCAAGGUGUUUUCCUUAACCCAGACAACCCCAACUGAUCUGGUUCGAUCCAAACUGUCGACCUCCGAGAUCCAGUCGCGUGCUCUUUCCUCGGUCCCGGAUGACCUUCUCUUCAACAUCCCUGAAGAUACCAGCUCCUACUCCCUAUUCCAAGGCUUCCAAGCGUCCCUCCCCGAACAAGAACAUGGACACAAGAAGCACCGCAGGCGCAGCUCGAAAAAUGCGAAACUGCUCAAGGACAGUGAGAAGGGUGGGGCUUUGACAGCUGGUCCUGCGGCGUUGAGGGAGGAACGGAAAACAUUGAGUCGCCGGCUGGAGAUGAUGGGUGUUCGAAAGAACAUGUGCAGUGCUGAGAUUCAUGAGAUCGACAACAAAGUUGCCAAUCUGCACAAGAUGCGUCAAAUCGUUCUGGAUCGAUUAGCCGGAUUAGAAAUGGACGAAGCGGCAUUGGAACAUGAGCUUACCGAGCUAGACAACAAGCUAGAAGACUUACAACCAGAGGAGACACCUGAAACCUCCGCCACGUCCGACACCCCCAAGUCCUCGGAAGGCCAGGAUGACUCCAUUGUAUCUUCAGGGGACCCUGCCAUGGAUGCGUCCUUCAUGUCCGAGUCGAUAUACGAAAAAAUCCCCACUCCAUCACCCAGAAGCCUGCGGCACAAAUCCAUUCGAAAACGGUCGAUGCCCAUCCUGCAUGAACAUUUCGCUCCCGGUUCGCUCAUUAAAGAGAUCGAAGCCCACACCGAUAUGGUCACUGCCAUUGAUUUCGACUACCCCUUCGGCACUAUGGUCAGCGCGGCAUUGGACGAUACAGUGCGAGUUUGGGAUAUGAAUGUUGGUCGCUGCUCAGGACUGUUGGAGGGACACCACGCCUCGGUCCGCUGCUUGCAAGUGGAAGAUAACAUUGUUGCAACGGGAUCUAUGGACGCCUCUGUUCGACUGUGGGAUUUGAGCCGUGCUCGCCCCGCCACCCGUGACGGUCGUCUAAACAAGCAUGAACGUGACCAAGAAGACGAGGCACUUUUAUCCUCUUCGACAGUUCCUCCUUCUUCAAACCUGGAAGACUGCCAUGUCUUCUCGCUUGAAGCUCAUGUUGACGAAGUGACUGCCCUCCACUUCAAGGGCGAUACGCUCAUUUCGGGCUCUGCAGACAAGACUUUGCGACAGUGGGAUCUUGUCAAAGGGCGAUGUGUCCAAACAUUGGACAUUCUGUGGGCAGCGACGCAAGCAUCCUCGACAUCCAUGACCGCGGAGGGCACUUGGCGCCCGUCUGGGCGUCUCCCAGAUGCGUCUGCCGACUUUGUGGGCGCGGUGCAAUGCUUUGAUGCGGCUCUUGCCUGCGGUACUGCCGACGGUAUGGUGCGCCUGUGGGAUCUCCGCAGCGGCCAGGUUCAUCGCAGCCUCGUGGGCCACACGGGCCCUGUCACCUGUUUGCAGUUCGAUGACAUGCAUUUGGUGACGGGUAGUCUCGACCGCAGCAUCCGGAUUUGGGAUCUCCGUACUGGCUCCAUCUACGAUGCCUAUGCUUAUGACAAGCCAAUCACUAGUAUGAUGUUUGACUCUAAGCGUAUCGUGGCUGCGGCUGGUGAGAGUGUCGUCAAAGUUUACGAUAAGGCCGAUGCGCACCACUGGGACUGCGGCCCAGGGGUCGGCGUCGACGAUGAGGGACCUUCCCCUGCGACAGUGGAACGCGUGCGUCUCAAGGACGGAUAUCUCGUUGAAGGACGUAAAGACGGUACUAUGGCCGCCUGGACCUGCUAA